CUGGAUCAUUGGCUUCGACAAUCCCCAGAUAUUCUCCUACGUCCUUAGCAGAAUGUCCGCUGAGCUCUCGCGAUAACUUCUGCAGGACUCCAAGAGAAAACACAUCGACGAAGGGUUAAUCCCUCGAGAGAACAUGCAAGCUGUCCAUAGAACUUGUGGUAGAUUGGAGAGACCUACAGCAGCAGCAGCUAGAGGAGAGGAGGGGAGAGAAGGGAAGGGAAGUGUAGGGCAGAAGAGGUCGUUGCAUAUUGACUUAAUGUGGGCAAUCAUCUGCAUUUACGAUGAAUGUCGAUAGUAUUCCACAGCCUUUUGGCACGAUGGGCAGCACGUGGGACCGCGUCGUAACCACGGGCUCGCUUACUACAAUCCAUGCCGAGCCACAUUUGUCCCACGAAGCCUACGCCAGAAUUCAGUGACCCGUUUGCCCGUCCAUUGGUCGCGCACCAUUCCAUAGAUAUCAAUUCGAGGGGCUUGCGCUUCUCGGGCUCGAUCGGGUAAACCGAUCCGCAGUCCAGCCGAUCACACCCCAAAAGGCUCUUUCCCUUGCAUCGUCGUCGUCGUUUUAUGGAGAAAUUACUUUUGGACGCUGCGAGGAAAGAGUAAGAGGUCCAGAGAGAAAGAGAAAGAGUGACUCUGGGAUCGAUCGUGGGGAUGGGCGGUUCUUUGUGAUCAUGGAGGCAGAAAAAGGCGACGCAGAGAAAGCGCAUGUCGAUGUCACGCGGGGCAGGAAAAGCUUCAGAUAAAGCUUGUCAGGAUGCCACAAUCUCUUUCGCCGGGCUCGAAAUCCAGUCACUCGCCGCUCGCUCGCUCGCUCGCUCCCUCGGCUGGAAACCCCCUUUCCAUGGCCAGUGGAAAGGCUGUCUGAAAUUCUCGUGAACGCUGCCACGCCUGCCGGUGGACGACCGCGGUCUUCCGGUGGCGGUGACGUCACCGCGUGGCGUGGAUGUGGACUGCGUUGUGACUUCGACCACGUACCGUGGUUCGGUCAGACCCACCGAACCCUAGCAGCUCUAGGGGAAUAAAGAAUGCCCGCCCAGUUGCCACAACGGCCAUGAAUGAAAAUUCGUCAACGAGAAGGCAAUCUCGUCGUGACGUCGGUGAGCGCAAAUCUGCCCACGACGUAAUUCGGGUCACAGAAUUCGUGACUUGGUGGUGGUAUUUUCUCGCUGAGGCCGUGGAGAAAAGCGGAAGGAGGAGCCAGUGGCAUGAUGUCAGCCAGAGCGCCAAUCAUGAAGACAGGUUCAGCGCGGUGACUGGUGACUGGUGACUGGGGACUGGGGAAUGGAGUUGGAUCAGUGAUGGGAGAACGUUGGAUGUUGGAAUUAAGGAGUACAAGCGUGAGUCAUGGAGUCUAGAGGGCCGGAGCCGAGGCUAGGCGAUGGAUGAGAACAGAUCUGGUCAGGAUCUUCUUCGCCUGGAGGUGCAGGUGCUGUUGCUCGUUGUAGCUAUCUAUGGUAGCGCUGGACAGGCGCCCGGAGCCGUCGAUCUGCUGCAUCGGGGGCCUUUCGGAGCAGCUGGUCCAGGUCUCGGGCGAGCCAAUUCUGCUGGUUCUAUGACAUACGAUCUGCAUGACUUACUUACUCAUUCACUGCUUCCCUUCUGUCCUAAGAGAUGAAAAGCAAAUCCAGUUUCAUCGAUACAUGAAAAUUUACGAGUGUGAAUCGCUUAUGCAUAUGAACAUCU